UCUAUCACUUAAUCCCACGGUCCAAACUCCAUUCUCAGACCUCUCCCAUCUCUCUCUCUCUCUCUCUCUCUCUCUCUCUCUCUCUUCUCCUCUUCCUCUCUCACAUCGGACCAAAAUUUUCUCUCUCCUAGUUUCUCCAAUGCCGGAGAUCAUACAUAUAGGACCCGUUUUUCACAGGAAAUUAUGGCUAUGUCCGAACAACAGUCGCAUAGACUUGUACAGAUGCGGUUUCCUCGGUAAUCGAUUUAGGGUUUUAAACCAAGAGCCGGCUCAGCCGAGUCGUUUAUUCACCAGCUCGGCGUUACGUCGCCCGAUUAACAACGUAUACCGACAAUCUAGGGUUUCAAAGAGAUUAGACGUGUUCGAUUUAUGGGGCAACCAUGGUUGGAGGGAGAGUAGUCGUGGUAGUGGUAGUAGUAGUAGUAGAAUUCACGCCAACGGCUCGCGCGAACAGGAGUCGGAUUCCAAGGCGAGUUCUUCGGGUGGGGAAAAGAGCGAAACGAAUACGAAUACGGCCGCGGAGAGCAAAGGAGUCGGCUCGAAGCCGUCGACCUCGAGCCCCUCGGAGAAGAAGAAGAGCGGGAAAGGCGGGUGGUGGAACGGCCGCGGGGGUGGUAAGGGGCGGUGGCAGCCGUUAAUUCAGGCGCAAGAAACGGGGGUAAUGCUGUUGCAAUUAGGGGUUGCUAUAUUCGUAUUGAGGUUGGUUAGGCCCGGGAUUCCGUUUAUGGGGUCAGAGCCAAGGACUCCAACCACGUACGUCAGCGUUCCUUAUAGUGAUUUCUUGAGCAAGAUUAAUGGUAAUCAGGUGGAAAAGGUCGAAGUUGAUGAUUUUCAUAUAGUGUUUAAGUUGAAAUCAGAGGCAGGGGGUAGUAGUAUGGAAAGUGAGUUGGGUCAAAGUAGUCGUAAGUUGCAGGAGUUGGAGUCGUUGUUCCAGAGUGUCGCCCCGACUAAGCGGAUUUUGUAUAAGACGACUCGUCCGAUUGAUAUCAAGACCCCGUAUGAGAAGAUGGUUGAGAAUGAUGUUGAGUUUGGGUCUCCGGAUUAUCGGUCUGGCGGAUUCUUCAACUUUGCGUGGAUUGCUUUGUUCUAUGUUGCUCUGCUUGCAGGGUUUCUUCAGCGCUUCCCUUUCAGCUUUACUCAGCAUAAAACUGGUCAGCUUAGGAAUCACAAGUCUGGGAGUUCUGGUGGUGCAAAAGUUUCUGAACAAGGGGAAGCUAUCACAUUUGCUGAUGUUGCAGGUGUCGAUGAGGCUAAGGAGGAGCUAGAAGAAAUUGUGGAAUUUCUCAGGAAUCCAGAUAAGUACGUACGACUUGGUGCUCGUCCUCCCAGAGGUGUUCUCCUGGUGGGUCUUCCUGGGACAGGUAAGACUCUUUUAGCAAAGGCUGUAGCUGGGGAAGCUGAAGUACCUUUCAUAAGUUGUUCUGCAAGUGAGUUUGUAGAAUUGUAUGUUGGCAUGGGAGCAUCCCGUGUCAGAGAUCUCUUUGCACGAGCUAAGGAGGUGGCACCAUCAAUCAUAUUUAUAGAUGAGAUUGAUGCUGUGGCAAAAAGCCGUGAUGGUAAAUUUCGUAUGGCCAGUAAUGAUGAGCGAGAGCAGACCUUGAAUCAGUUGCUCACUGAGAUGGAUGGGUUUGAUAGCAACUCUGCUGUGAUAGUUCUUGGAGCCACCAAUCGCUCUGAUGUCUUAGACCCCGCACUUCGCCGACCUGGGAGAUUUGAUCGUGUUGUUAUGGUGGAAACACCUGAUAGGACUGGAAGAGAAUCAAUUUUAAAAGUACAUGUUUCGAAGAAAGAACUUCCUUUAGGAGAUGACGUUGAACUUGCUGAUAUUGCUUCUAUGACUACUGGAUUUACGGGGGCAGACCUUGCGAAUUUGGUAAAUGAGGCUGCUUUGUUGGCGGGAAGACAAACUAAAAUUGUUGUGGAGAAAAUUGAUUUUAUUCAUGCUGUGGAGCGAUCAAUAGCUAUGGAAAUGGCAUCUGUGAAAACUACUUUGACGACAAUUGUGUGCAAGAAUGGCAGCCAUUCGAAUCUCUCAAAGUUUCCAAACACUUCAUUCUUGCAUGGGUUUGAUGCGAGGGGGAAUGUUGCAAGUAUGCAGAAGAAGGAAACAUAUCCCACUACCGUCCUGGUCCCCAAAGCCACAUUAACGUUUGAUGCCCCAGCAACCAAUGCGGAGAAGUCUAGACAGAGGAAGCACACAGUUGAUCCUUCUGCCCCUGAUUUUCUCCCGCUUCCUUCUUUCGAACAAUGCUUCCCAAAUAGCUCAAAAGAGUACAGAGAAGUUACUCAUGGACCAUCUGGUCAUGUGCUCAAAGUUCCAUUUCGGCGGGUCCACCUAUCUGGGGAUGAACCCCAUUUUGACACUUAUGACACCAGUGGCCCCCAAGACAUAAGUCCUCGCACCGGACUUCCCAAAUUGCGCCAAGAGUGGAUUAACAGGCGGGAGAAGCUAGGUGGACCAAGAUACACCCAGAUGUUCUAUGCUAAAAAUGGAAUUAUAACAGAGGAAAUGGUAUUUUGCGCUGCUCGUGAGAAGCUUGACCCAGAGUUUGUGAGAUCAGAGGUAGCCCGUGGUCGUGCAAUCAUCCCUUCCAACAAGAAGCACUUAGAGUUGGAGCCAAUGAUUGUUGGAAGAAAUUUCCUGGUGAAAGUCAAUGCAAACAUCGGGAAUUCUGCUGUGGUGAGUUCCAUAGAGGAAGAAGUUCACAAACUUCAAUGGGCAACGAUGUGGGGUGCUGAUACUAUUAUGGAUCUCUCUACCGGUCGCCAUAUCCAUGAAACUCGUGAGUGGAUACUCCGCAACUCAGCUGUGCCAGUGGGAACUGUGCCCAUCUAUCAAGCACUUGAAAAAGUUAAUGGCAUCGCAGAAGAUCUAAACUGGGAAGUUUUCAGAGAGACCUUGAUUGAACAAGCUGAACAAGGUGUGGAUUACUUCACAAUACAUGCUGGAGUCCUGCUUCGAUACAUUCCUUUGACAGCUAAGCGAAUGACUGGAAUCGUUUCCCGUGGAGGGUCCAUUCAUGCAAAGUGGUGCUUAGCUUAUCACAAGGAGAACUUUGCUUAUGAACACUGGGAUGACAUACUCGACAUAUGUAAUCAAUAUGAUAUAUCGCUUUCGAUAGGUGAUGGGCUGAGACCUGGGUCAAUUUAUGAUGCCAAUGAUACUGCUCAGUUUGCGGAGCUCUUGACUCAAGGAGAACUGACGCGUAGAGCCUGGGAAAAGGAUGUACAGGUUAUGAAUGAAGGCCCUGGACAUAUACCCAUGCACAAGAUCCCUGAAAACAUGCAAAAACAGCUGGAGUGGUGUAAUGAAGCACCCUUCUACACUCUUGGACCAUUGACAACCGACAUUGCCCCUGGGUACGAUCAUAUCACCUCAGCCAUUGGGGCUGCCAAUAUUGGUGCUCUUGGCACUGCACUACUCUGUUAUGUGACACCAAAAGAGCACCUUGGCUUACCUAAUCGGGACGAUGUCAAAGCUGGAGUUAUAGCAUAUAAGAUAGCUGCUCACGCGGCUGAUUUGGCAAAAUGUCAUCCGCACGCUCAAUCGUGGGACGACACACUAAGCAAGGCAAGGUUUGAGUUUCGGUGGAUGGACCAAUUUGCAUUGUCAUUGGACCCCAUGACUGCCAUGUCAUUCCAUGACGAGACCCUGCCGGCGGAUGGUGCAAAAGUGGCGCAUUUCUGCUCCAUGUGUGGGCCCAAGUUCUGUUCCAUGAAGAUAACUGAGGAUGUGAGGAAGUAUGCUGAGGAGCAUGGUUAUGGGAGCGCUGAGGAAGCUGUGCAGCAAGGAAUGCAUGCUAUGAGUGCCGAGUUUCUGGCUGCUAAGAAAACAGUGAGUGGGGAGCAACAUGGUGAGGUUGGUGGAGAAAUCUACUUGCCAGAAAGCUACAUAAACUCUAUGAAGAAUUAGAGGACGACAUGGAGCAGGAUAAAUGGUCUGGAACUUCUUGGAGCACUGGAGGGUAACGGCCAAACGAGAAUAAGGGGUGAUCUAUAUGAUCUUCAAUUUCAACCUGUAGCUUCUGGCCGUUUGGCCAUGAGAGGAAGGCAGGUCAGGCUGAGAAAGUCCCUUUGAACCUGAACAGGAUAAUGCCUGCGUAGGGAGCGUGCAUUUUGUUUUCCGUGUUUUCUGUGCUUCCCGCAGGGAUGGAGAGCUUUCAUCCAUGGUUGUUUGGGUAGCUGGUUCAGCAUCAUGGCCAGGCUUUAUCUCUCAUGUGGCUGGGAAGUAACUGGAAAUGACUAUAUUCCCCAACUUUAUGCUUUAUUUUGAUGCCUUAGUCUUAGUUUAAACUGGCUAAUUAUCAAUCUUUAGAGGUCUUUGUGGCAUCACUUGUGAAUAAAAUAACAAUUCAGAUUGGUAAAAUCUCUUUCGAUAAUAAAAAUGUUGAUUAGAAAACUGUGCAAUACCAUUUCUUUCUCUUCCAAAUUUUUUCUUUCCAGUGCCAAAAUUUUCACUCGGGCGUAAAUGUAAGUUAAGUGCCACCCAGCCAACAUAAAGAAGAACUGCUUCUCAGACUGUAAUCUGUAAAAGAUAACUCCCCUACAAUCCAAUCUUUGACUCUUACUGUGGUGGUGAGAAAAUUGUAAAUUCCUAUAUCAAUCUCAGUAACCUUAUUCCAGUGUUC